UUUAUAAUAAAUUGUAUUCAUUCACUGCCGUCAUCACCACAACUGUUACCUACCAGUGCUAUCGACCAAUUUAAUUGUACAUUUGACAAUAACAAUACGUGUGGUUGGCUAAACAUUGGCAGUCCAUAUAAAUGGGUCGUCAGAUCACAUUUAGGUGGACUAUUGCCUGUUGUUGAUGGGGCCGGACAUUCAAACGGAGGGUUUAUCAUAAUUGAUACUUAUAUGAAGGAUACCAGUGCACCGGCCGUAUUGAUAACAUCAGCACUUGGGUCAACCAAAUCUGGCUGUAAAAUGUUAUUCCGAUACCGUAAUUAUGUUCCCACAAACUACAUUGGUACAUUCAAUAUUACUGUUGUCCAUCAACAAGGAACUACUGGUAAUUUAUUAAAUGAACGGCAGGUGCUUCAUAUACAUGAACUAACUGGCAAUCAAUGGGUAACACAAUUAGCCAAUUUGGGUGAAUUAGCUGAUGGAUCACAAAUACGAUUGUCUGGUUAUACCGUUACCUUUCAAAAUGAUCCACCCUAUGGUGAUAUUGAAAUUGAUGAAAUCAAGUUUUAUGAUUGCUAA